AUCAAUAGAUUGUCAAAGAUUUUCAAAUUAAUGUUAGUAACUUCUUUCUUAAAGACGCUUAUCGUCAGAUACUAACUGUCUUCACCGCCGAGAAGUACAGAUUUAUUUUGUUCAGGAAUUCAUUGAAGGGCUCUCGUCGACUUUCAUUUGUUUGCUCGCGUCCUAAGUUACUUCUUAAGGAAUUACUUUUGAAGUUUUUAAAGUUACGAUAAAUAUUAACAUAACGGGAAGACGACGGAGCUUCGAGAAAAUAUUUAAUUGAAUUACAUAAGAUGGAAACGUGAAGUUUGAAUUUCUUCAGGAAGUUCUCGAAGCUUUAAAAUAACUCCUGUUCGUCUGAGUUAAAAGAUGAGUGUAAACAUUCAAAAGCAAACCAAACUCCCAGCUCAUAAGUGGCAGGUAUCGUGUGUCGAGUUCAGUCCCGAUGGCCUCUUCCUAGCCUCUGGUUCGUGGGAUAAGACAGCCAUCAUCUGGGAUUUGAGUACAUUGGAACCAUCCCAAACUAUAAGUUAUCACAGACAGCCUGUAACUUGCGUAUCGUUUCAGCCAGAUUUUUCCAUAAAUGGUCUCUUUACGACAGGUUCAGCCGAUCACACAGUAGCGCUUUGGAAUCAUUCGAAAGGUAGUAUGGUAAAGUCAUUCCAGAACCAUUCCAACUGGGUCCUUAGUACUUCUUUCUCUCCUGGUGGCUGUCUUCUUGCGUCCACAUCAUGGGACAAAUUGAUUUGCGUCGUUGAUAUCGAGACUGAAAAAACCGUAAGCACCCUUACAGGACAUACUACAGGUGUAUGGGCAUGUUCGUUCAAUCCAGAAAAGUCUGCAUCGAGCGAUACACUGUGUUCUGGGUCAGAAGAUGGUGGGCUAAAACUCUGGGAUAUGAGAAGCAAUUCAGUAGUAAUGUCACUGGUGGGUGGUCAUGAAGAUCGAGUCAAAAGUUGUUCGUGGAGUUCCAAGGGAAAUUACGUUGGAUCCAGUUCCGCCGAUGGAAAGCUUGCCCUCUGGGAACCAAGAAGCGGCACAGCUCUAACAAAGAUUAAAGCAUACGAUGAUUCUGCCAAUGUUGUCAAGUUUUAUCCUGUCAUCGACGACAGCACUGUCCCACUGUUGUUUUCAGUUGGCAGUCAUACUUGUAAUGUAUGGCAUCCAUUCAGAAAACAAAGCAAGCAGCUUCUGUCUUACAAAGUGAAUGAAAAUGGUGAAGAGGUCCAAGCUCUUGGCAUUUCUCCUGAUGGAACAUUACUAGCAACCAGUGGAAAUGAAAUGGACGUAGUUCUUUCAACCGUCAGCAUUUCCUUGCAAGAAAUUGACGCCCUCCCUAUCGACACGGGAGAAAAGAACAUUAACCGCGGCACCCUUCUAUGGAAAAAGUACACCCGCAAAGUCAUUGAAAAAACUAACAAUGGAGAAAUCAAAAAAAAGACUUCCAUAACAGAUCAGUCACAGAAUUCAGCACUAAUAGUAGGAAUGGCCGUACACAAGAAUGAAGAAGUAGUGAAAAAACAUGUAGAAAAAGCAGGGACGUUACACUACAAUGCUGCAGAAAAACUGAAAGCUGAACCCGAGGUGCUGCUUCAGCACCAGAAGCAGAAGUUAAGGCACAGGAAAGAUGGCGGAGGUCUAUUUGACUUGCAGUAUCAAGAGGAACAGAAGGGGCCAACUACUUCUCCCAGUCAACUUGAGGAAGUUMGGCAGCAGUUGCGAAAAGUGAGUAGAACAUCUAGUGGUGGCUCCAGUGGCAAAAUAGAAAUCAGCGAGCAAGAAAGUGUGAUUUCAAAAGUGAACGGAUGGAAAACUGUAACAGUACAAAAUGGCGAUCACCAAAAUGACUAUCCCCCGGCGAAGAAUGGCUGGGGUGAAAAGGAAGUAGUAAUCCCAGUUGACAGUGACAACGAGAGUAGCAGUCGUCAAAGAAAUGGAAGACCUUUUCUACAAAAUACCAAUGGGUAUGGCAGUAAUAUAAGCUCCACAGUGAGUGACCAUCGAGUAAACAUACAACAGUCAAACAGAUAUCAGCCAUUUAACAUCACAAAUGGAAGAGAUAAGAUGAGCAAUGGGAAUGACGAUCUGGAAUCUGUGAGCGCAAGCAGCAGUAGCUAUUAUGCCGACAUAGAUGAAGUUGCACAGGAGAUGCUGGAUUUAACAAGGAGAGUAGAAGACCAUCRGCUGUAGUAGAACAAUAUUCAAAAGAAAAAACACUACCCUKGAAAUMGCUCACUUCUGAAUUAUACUUUUGCUUGCUAARUUAAUYAAUUUUCUUUUCUUUUCUUGUCAAGAAUCAMUGAAAAUUAUGUGCAAAGUAUCACAUUGAAAUCUUUGUGCAUAACGAGCUAUUAUCAUAUCUAGGAAGUGAGCUAUUGGGCAAYAUYAUACYCUACUCUAUUCAUUAAUCUUAUCUUGGAAGUGGGCUAUAGGAUAAUAUUACACUCUACUUUAUUGAUCCCAGCAUUAACUUCCACAAGCAUUUUGCUAUUAAGUAAACCAAUAAUUUAAUUUAAUUUAAUAAAGUUUCUAGUAAUAUUUAAAGCUAAAAUAAAGGAUUGGUCAUUGAUUAGUGUGCUUCAAUCAACUUUUGGGCGCACGAAAGAGUCACACGAGGCAUAGUCAUUAGCAUAACCAUAGCCAUAGCACGAUCAAUAACGUCAGCGUGCACCAUUGAUUUUUCGAUGCCAAUUAACCAAUCAGAUUGGCUUUAUACUGUGGCUGUUAUAAAUCACAGUCUAAAGACAAAGCCUUAGGUCCUUGAGCUAAAACAUUAAAAUUUCAAAGAAAAUGA